GGAGCCGGGAGGGAGCCGCGAGAGGAGACCAUGUACCGGGACCCGCAGGCGGCCAGCCCAGGGGCGCCUACCCGCGAUGUCCUGCUGGUCUCUGCCAUCAUCACCGUCAGCCUUAGCGUCACUGUCGUCCUCUGCGGCCUCUGCCACUGGUGUCAGCGCAAACUGGGCAAACGCUACAAGAACUCCUUGGAGACGGUGGGCACUCCGGACUCAGGGCGUGGGCGCAGCGAGAAGAAGGCCAUCAAUGAUCUAGACAGAGACUUUUGGAAUAACAAUGAGAGCACAGUGCAGCAGAAAUGGAGCUCCUACCCUCCCAAGGAGUUUAUUCUAAACAUUUCACCCUACGCCCCUUAUGGCGACCCACGACUGUCCCUCAAUGGCACCCUCCUGUCGGGCGCCAAAGUGGCCGCCGCGGCGGGGCUGGCGGUGGAGCGGGAAGGCCGGCUGGGGGAGAAGCCGGCGCCGGUGCCGCCACCUGGAGAGGACGCCUUGAGAAGCGGCGGGGCUGCCCCCAGCGAGCCGGGCAAGGCGGGGAGAGGCCGCUGGCGGACGGUGCAGAGCCACCUGGCCGCGGGGAAGCUCAACUUGUCCAAUUUCGAGGACUCCACCCUGUCCACGGCCACUACCUUAGAGUCUAUCCCCAGCUCCGCGGGAGAGCCGAAAUGCCAGCGACCCCGCACCCUGAUGCGGCAGCAGAGCCUGCAGCAGCCGCUGAGCCAGCACCAGCGGGGCCGGCAGCCCAGCCAGCCCACCACCAGCCAGAGCCUAGGCCAGCUGCAGGCCCACACGGCCUCGGUGCCCGGCCCCAACCCCCGGGCCCAUGGCCAUGGCCGGGGCCAGGCUCGGCAGGGCGCCUCCGCUGGCUCCAAGUACCGGCCGGCCGGCGGCCGCAGCCGCUCCAACCCAGGCAGCUGGGACCACGUGGUGGGGCAGAUUCGAAACCGAGGCUUGGACAUGAAAUCCUUCCUGGAAGGCCGGAUGGUGGUGCUAUCCUUGGUCUUAGGGCUUUCGGAGCAGGAUGACUUUGCCAAUAUCCCUGACCUGCAAAACCCAGGAACCCAGCAGACCCAGAACGCUCAGGGGGACAAGAGGUUGCCGGCAGGAGGGAAGGCGGUGAACACAGCCCCGGUGCCCGGCCAGACGCCCCACGAUGAGUCUGACCGCCGGACCGAGCCCCGUUCCUCCGUCUCGGACCUCGUCAACUCCCUCACCAGCGAGAUGCUCAUGCUGUCCCCAGGCUCCGAGGAGGACGAGGCCCAUGAGGGCUGCAGCCGAGAGAACCUGGGCCGGAUCCAGUUCAGCGUGGGCUACAACUUCCAGGAGUCCACGCUCACUGUGAAGAUCAUGAAGGCCCAGGAGCUGCCCGCCAAGGACUUCAGCGGCACUAGUGACCCCUUUGUCAAGAUCUACCUGCUGCCGGACAAGAAGCACAAGCUGGAGACCAAGGUGAAGCGCAAGAACCUGAACCCCCACUGGAAUGAGACCUUCCUCUUUGAAGGUUUCCCCUACGAGAAGGUGGUGCAGAGGGUCCUCUACCUCCAGGUCCUGGACUACGACCGCUUUAGCCGCAACGACCCCAUUGGGGAGGUGUCCAUCCCCCUCAACAAGGUGGACCUGACCCAGAUGCAGACCUUCUGGAAGGAUCUGAAGCCAUGCAGCGAUGGGAGUGGGAGCCGAGGGGAGCUGCUCCUGUCUCUCUGCUACAACCCCUCUGCCAACUCCAUCACCGUGAACAUCAUCAAAGCCCGGAACCUCAAAGCCAUGGACAUCGGGGGCACAUCAGACCCCUACGUGAAGGUGUGGCUGAUGUACAAGGACAAGCGCGUGGAGAAGAAGAAGACAGUGACCAUGAAGAGGAACCUGAACCCCAUCUUCAACGAGUCCUUUGCCUUCGAUAUCCCCACGGAGAAGCUGAGGGAGACGACCAUCAUCAUCACCGUCAUGGACAAGGACAAACUCAGCCGCAACGACGUCAUCGGCAAGAUCUACCUGUCCUGGAAGAGCGGCCCUGGGGAGGUGAAGCACUGGAAGGACAUGAUUGCCCGGCCCCGACAGCCCGUGGCCCAGUGGCACCAGCUGAAGGCCUGAGUGGGGCCAAGGGAGGCCUGGGGGGCCAAGGGCCUGGGUCGCCAUCAUGCCCUCACCACUUUAUGCACAAUGCCCAGCCUGACCCCCCUGCCGUGGGGGAGGGGAGGACCCUGAGGGCUCGGCCAGGGAGGGGGCCCAGGAAUAGUUGGGCCCAGUUUCUAGGAAAUACCAGCCCCAUCCCCCACCAGUCCAGCUCUGGGGGAGGGACUCUGGGAGCCAUUUUCCUGCUUUGCCCCUUUCCUUCCUGACUUGCUGAUGCUAAAGAAGUGGGGGAGAGCUCGAGAGCCAGAUGGGCAGAUCCCUCCAGAGGCCCGCCAGGUGGGCAUGGCCCCCCGUUUUCUUUAAGGCAGUGCCUGGAGGGGAAAGAGGCCACCUCCUCCCGGGUCCCCCAUGCGGGGCCAGGAGAGGGGAGGCCGAGGCGUUUGGCCCCGGCCUGGCCAGGAGAGGCCCGUCCCGGGGCAGUUCAGGUGCCGGCUGGGCCCUGAUGCCGGGAUCGUAUGCAGCCUGCUCCAGAGUCCUGGAGCACAGCCCUGAGUCCUGUGGCCACCGUGUGUGCGUGUGUGUGGGCGGGGCGCGCCGGCUGCCGGGGCUGGCAGUGCUGGGCGCUAUGCAGAGAGCAGGGUUUCACGAAGUGAGGUGGGGCUGGAGGCUGGCAGCAGUGCA